AAAGGUCCCCGCAGGACUGUCCUGGAGAUGGGAGAGCAAGCAGGAAAGAAGCAGAAGGACCCCCAAAGGAGGAGGGACACCCAGGGCCAGGUGGACAGAGGCCAGCUGUGAAGGGAGGCCCAGGAGAGGAAGCAGAGACGCCGGAGAAGGGCCAGACCCCACGCCCCGCGACCGCCUUUCCUCAGCCUCCACCUGCAGGACGGCAGGGGCCCAGGGCCCCAGAGGCUCCUUCUGGAGUCUGGAAGCAGCAGGAUUGAAGGAAGCCCAGGUUUCUGGAAAGAUCCCCCAAGCUCCAGCGCAGCCCAAGGCCAAGUGGUCAGCUGGGGCCCACGGGUGGCACCCCAACCUCCCAGGGGCUGGCCAGAGCCCGCAGGAAGGGCCACAGGCCAGAGAGAGGGCAGAGGUGGACACACUCCUUCCCCGUCUGGAGGCCGACCUGGGGCGUCCUGCCACCCCUGCUCACCCUUGUCUCUUCGUCCUCCCCUGGGCUGUGACCUCGGGGACCCUGGCCUGGGCUGGUGAUUGUGAAAGCAGCCGCGUCUCAGAGCACCCCAGGUUGGCAGUGCUGCCUCCUGUGACUUCAGGUUGCUGAGGCUGAGGGCCCAGGACGCAGGCCAGUGGCCUUCCUGCAGGGAGCCGCCCUCUGGGUCCCGGGUGUAUUUGGAAGUCCAUGGAAGUCCCCGCCGUCUCAGGAUCGUGCCUGGAUCAUCCAACGGGAGGCUCCCCCUUCUGCAGCUCCACCUGCCCUCUGGGUCCCGCGGGGCUCAGAGAAGGAAGCACGCCACCCUCUGCGGGCACCCUCCUGGGCACACGGAGCCCGCCACACACAGCUGCCCUGAGGAGGCGCCCCGGGGCGCCCUGCUCCCUGCAGGGGCAUGGAGGGGAAGAGCUCGGGGUGCUGUGAGGCCCCCAAGAAGCUGGGCCUGUCCUUCUCCAUCGAGGCGAUCCUCAAGAGGCCCACGGAGAGGAGAGGUGCAGCCGGGUCACCAGGGGCCGGUGGAGGGAGCCCCGGGCAGGCAGCGGUGGAAAGUUCCAGGCUGGCGAAGUCCCCGCAGCACCAGCCCCCGGAAGAGAGGAAGAGCAGGCGCAGGGUCCGCACCACCUUCACCACGGAGCAGCUGCGGGAGCUGGAGAAGACCUUCCAGCUCACCCACUACCCCGACGUCCACGUCCGCAGCCAGCUGGCCACCAGGAUCAACCUGCCAGAAGCUCGGGUGCAGAUCUGGUUCCAGAAUCAGCGAGCCAAGUGGCGGAAGCAGGAGAAGACCGGCAGCCUGGGCGCCCUGCAGCAGCUGGGUGAGGCCGACGUGGCCCUGCCCGUGAACCUGGACGUGGCUGAGGUGGGCGGGCUCCGUGCUGACCCCCUCGGCUCUGCCCGGGCUGGCUCCCCCCACAGGCUGCUACCCACCUGCUCAACGUCAGCUGCCCUCUGCCUGGGUCCCCGCCCACGUGGCCCUCCUCCCGCAGCACCCGUGGGAGAUGCCACCCUUCCCGGGCCCUCUGCUCCCCCAGACCUGCCUCCCCGCCCUCGGCCUCCUUCCACCUCCGCACCCCAGCUGGGGCGGCAUCUGUGCCACUUCAACCUAGGAACCAGAAAUCCCCUCUCUCUGGUGACAGCAGGCAGCAGAGGGUGCCCUGGGUCUCAGGGAAGACCCUGUCUUGACCUGCCAUCGGAAGGGGGCACGGGCCUCCGUAGCAGGGUGGACAGCAGGGGACCGCACUCGUCUCUCCAGCCCAAGUUGCUCUCCUGGUGCAGAAAGCAAGCUGAACGGGAAUGCGUAGGGGGUCCUCUGGCUCCUGAGCUUCCUUGAACUUGCUGUGCCACCUCCAGAAGGUCACUUGCCCUCUCUGGACCUCGUCUGUGACAUAAAGCAGUUGGACAAGAUGACUUCUGGACACACUUGUCUCCCUUCCUUUGAUGAGGCAGAGAGGAGGCCGCAGAAGUGUGGUUCCUCGCGCACUCAUUCAACACGCGUC